GCGCCAUCAUCGAUGGGUUGCUUGGAAACGUAACGCUGGCCCAAUCAAUUAUCUCACUGGCAAACAUUUUCCUGAACUGAAGUUAUUCAAUAGAUGUGGGUAAAAAAUGGAUGAGGAAGUGGAUAUCAAGACAGCCCCGCAGCAGGAUAGUAACAAGUUUGACAUGCUCUGUGAUGGCGUCCUCAACUCUAUAGCAUUAGUACAGGCAACUCUUGCUGAGUUCCUGUCAUUAAAAGAUGAACUCCUGAUCCAUGCUCUACCUCCGACUCUGAUGGCCAGACUUAUCAUGGUCUCCGGUAGGAUAUUCAGAAGCACGAAUGAUCUUGAGACCCCAGUCAAUGAGUUGGUUAGACUGGUCCGAGUUUUCUCUGUAUCCUGGGAAGAGAAGAGUGCUGCUCUGAAAAAACUUCACAAUGAUUACGAGAGCAAACACAAGCAGCUCAAUAUUGCUGUGAGAAGACUGCAACUUCUUGAUUCACAGGCUAAGAGAAUGGCGAAGGAGAAACGCAUUAUGAUGUGGGAGAAACUCUUCUCAAAGGUCACUAGUUGUAGAGGACAUGGAAGAAGAUGGAAAUUCCUCAUUGAUAACUUCAAGCAGAAGUCUAAGUUGGGGAUGGAACAUCUGCAAGCAUACAUUGAGUCACUGGAUAAAGAACCUGAUUCUGACGGAGAAGGUGGUGAUAAGGACGAAAGCAAUGAAUUUGAUGGGCGGAGCCAGUCAUCAGUGAAUGAACUACAAUUACUCAGCUCAUCUGAUGAACUUGAUUUCACCGAGGAGUCUGAUGAAGAUGAUGAGGUCAAAGGUCACGAGAGUACAGCUAGGGCGACCGUACAGACGCAGAGAGAUGAAUUAGAUAGUGAUAUAGUCACUCCAGCGAGCAAGCGAGUGACCUUCAUUGACCCUAAGAAAGGCUUAGGAGGUCCAGAGGUCAUCCCAGAGACUGUCAUUGUUGAGGUCCCUGCUCCAAAGCCCCCUUCAGCUGAUAAGACUGUAUGGACGCAUGAACCGGAAUAUGACUGGUUCUUUAAUAUCAAGGUCUUCCAUCCGGUUGGUAUUACAGGACCAGACAUCAAAUGCAGUAUUAACUUCAAGAAAGAUUUCAAGAAGACUGAGUUUUAUGCCAGACCCUUGUCUAGGGGUCUGAGUGGAAGACGUUCGCAGGUGCGAUCCGGGCGAGGCAUGAUCGGAUCCAAGAUAGGAAAGAACAACCAACCGUCAAAGUCGGUCACUCUUAAGUUACCAGAUGAGAGAAAUAUUGAUGAUAGGUGGCAGAACCUUGUCUUCCCUAUUGGUGAUAGUCCUCUCUUCAACAUGGAAGAUGAGCUCACAAAGAAAGAUGAGGAAGCAGAUCAAGCGAAAGAAGGAGAGAAAGACAAAAAGAAAGAGCCUGAGGAGGAAGAUGCGGAGGAAGAUGGAGGGGAUGAUGGGAAGGAUCCGUCUAGGGUCCAGUCCGGUCAUUCUACGGUAUCAUCACUAGGAGGAGAGAUGCCUCUUAAACUAGGUGUCCACCAAGGGCACCUGGAUGAACUCAUCGCGAUGGGGAACAUAGACCUUGCUGACUUACGCGGAGAGGACAUCCCUAUAUUUGAGAGUGCAGAAGAGACAGGCGAGACCCUCCCUCACACAUUCCCUAUCUAUCCCAUCAAGCCUAGCAGGAAGCUCAAAGCUAGCCCAGAGGCUCCGGUCGGAUCUCUUCCUAUCAUUUUCUUCUACACCAGAAUUCACAAGCCCUUCACGUUUGAGAAAGAAUCAGAGACUGCUAGUAUUACUGAGAUUGUAGAAGAUUUGACUGGAGUUGAUCUCAACAAGAUGAAGAAAGAAGAUCUUAGUAUCAACAAAGAAUAUGAUGAAAGAUGCCUCUCAGCCAUGACUAUUAGGUCAGCCACCCCUUCAGAAAAACCAGAAAUGGUCCCCAAGGCUGAACUUGAUAUAGUCAUUGAACAACAUAAUCAGGAGCUGACAGUCCUAACAGAAGACUUUGAAUCUCGGAUUCGUGAUUUGGCUGCAGCGCUUGAAGCAGUGCAGACUGAACAACUUAACUUACUGAGUGGAGCACCACCGGGUCAAGGAGACGAGUCAGAAGAAAGAGUUAUGGAGAUGGUUGCUACUUCAAGAUCACCCUUCAGAGGUUGGACACCUGGUAAGGACAGUCAGCUAGUGGUCCCUCAACCUCCGGACAAGGAUCGGUCAAGCAGUAAGAAGAAGGGCAAGAAAACUGGGUCCAAGUUACCGGAAUGGGGGAGUGACUUGCCUAAGGAUUUCUUGGAGCGUUUGCAGAUGUUCAACGAGGAAAGCGAGAAGAGACGACAGGAGCUUGAGAAGAAAACCAAGAAUGAAGUUAGCAGCCAUAUUGAGAAGCAGUUAGCUGGGACGUAUAAACUUAGCUUACAAGACACACAGAGUCCCGAUGCUACCAAAGAUAUCAGCUUGCCAGCAGUCUUCAUGCCUACUCGGACCGGUCAGCUAUACAAUCCAAGAGCUCAUCAUUACUUCCAUCCGUCUGGUUCGCUCGGUCAUCUCAGACUCACUCAACCGCCUUCAAUCUUUCAACUGCCUCCGUUACCAGCAAAACAUAAAAUGUCUGUGAUCAACCUGUUUGACAUCAGAAAGAGCAUGAACUGGGCGAUGACAGAGGAUUGGACGAAUCGCAUCCCGCAAACUCCUGCAGAACUCCUAGAGAGUACCCUUCACCCUGGAACACCUAUGACUAAUAAUACUGAACCUCGAGCAAACAUCGCUGCCACCGAUGAUACAAGACAGUAGGACUAGACAAACCAUAAUCCACAAACUCCUGCAGAGCUCCUGGAGAAUACCCUUCACCCGGGAACACCUAUGGCUAAUAAUACUGAACCCAGAGCUAAUAUUACUGCUACUGAUGACACGACAGUAGGGACUGGAAGAACUGCAUUCCACAAACUCCUGCAGAACUCCUGGAGAGUACCCUACAUCCUGGCACUCCUCUGACCAAUAAUACCGAGCCUAGAGCGAACAUCGCUGCUAAUGAUGAUACAAGACAGUAGGGACCAGACGGCUCGGAUCCCAUUAAUUCCUGCAGAACUCCUGGAGAAUACAUGUACCCUACACCCGGUAUGCCUACGACUGAUGAUACUGAACCCAGAGCUAACAUUGCUGCUAAUGACAUAAGACAGUAUGGACCAGAUGACUCCGAUCCCACAAACACUUGCAGAACUCCUGGAGAAUACCCUACACCCUGGCACACGUAUACCCAAUAAUUCUGAGCCUAGAGCUAAUAUUGCUGCUAAUGAUGACACAAGACAGUAGGGACUGGACGAACUGCAACAUUGCUUCCAAUGAUGGUGCAAGGCAGUUGUAUUUGUAACGUACCACAUUCUACAAAAUCUUGCAGAUCUCCUGGAGAACAUCCUCUACCCGAAACCAAUGACCAAUAAUACAGAUGAAUCUGCAUAAGUCGUAUUUAUUGGGACCAGAGAAAUCAAUUUGACUUGGACGAAAUUUUGGACCCAGGAUUUAUAUCAUCAGGACAAUGAAAAAAAAAAGAACCAUAUACCAAAUAUGAUAUUGUGCAUUGGCAUAGUGUUGCUGGGUUUGUUAAAUUGUUUGGGGACAGUUCAGAACAUGCUUGAUUUUAGAGUUUUAGAAAGAUUUAUCUACAGGAAUUAGUACUCUGAUUUCUGACAAUGAGGUUGUUUCCAUUGCCAUGUUUUGAAAUACAGCCUUUUCUGAACUACUCUCGAAAUUUUGAGAUACCCAAGGUUUUAAAGAGCCCACCACCGACUUUUUGUGGAGGAAGUUGAUAUUACAUUUACAGAGGCAUAAUUCAUACAUGUACAUGGUGAGGGGGCUUGACUGUAUAGUCUUCCCUUGUAUAUACCUCCUUUUCAUUCGAUCAUAUUUCUAUUUGAUCAUUUUUCCAACAGCAAUACAAUACUGUCAUGCAUUGCAUCUAGUCUGCUGUGCAAACCCUUCACUCGAGUAAAGGGUCUGAAUUGCAGCCUACUCAUGCCUUGUGUACUGAAGUCUCUCUCGCUCAGGAUUGAAACAGCAAGUUUUGUAUGUGCUAGUCUUUGCGUGGAGACACACUUGUUGAUCGAAGUUUCAAUCAGGGUCUGUGCCUGCAGACUACAUUGCAUCUUCAGAGAAAUAUUUAAAAACAGAAAUGUUGAACAAAAAUUCUAAUCACUAAUUUGAACUGGUUUACAUUAAGAAGGUAUAUGUGAAUCAUCUUGUGUAAAUAUCUAUUCAGAAUAGUUUUUGAAAUUUGUAACACUUUAUUUCAUCAGGCCAAUUCCGUUAUGUACAUCAGACCCCCUAUAUGGAUGACCCAGUAAAGCUUCUAGGAAGCUGCUUGUUUUUACAGAAUUACUGCAAUAAUAAACUUUUUUUAGUGAUUUCAUCUCUGCUCUGUGCUUUAUAUGAAAAUGUUUAAUGCUCUCAAAUUAUCAUGCUUUGAGAAAUACAUGAAGUGAAGUAAGAAUUAGGUCAUUCCCAAAUCUACACACUUUUUUAUUCCCUUUCCCCUUCUUUCUCAACCUAACAAAUAUCUUCUAUCUCUCUUUUGCUCUCUGUAAAGAAACUGACAAUAUUUUAAUGAGCUUUAAAAUUCAACCUUGCCCCACUCAUGGUACUAUUGAUUUCCCCUGUGGUGCCUCCACAGCGAGUAAAAAACGGUCGAUUUAUGUAUUUUUAUACGACUACCCAACAUGUAGCUGGUAGAAAAAUAAUUAAAUCUGUUGUCUGUGACUCGCUGUAAGGCCACUGUAGGGAAAUAUAUUUGAAAAUAUUUGAAAAUCACAAAUAUCCCUACCUUUACAGUACAUAUGUUAUAAUAGAGUUUUUGUUCAUUUUGUGUAUUGUGGAGUGUUGUCUGUUUGAGCUGGUCAUUUAUUGACAAUUUUGGAUGACUUCAUAUUGUAAUCUGAUAUUUAAGGGCUCCAAGAUUUUUUUUCUGAAUAUGUAAAUGAUUUGAAUGGAGUUUACAUACAUGUUCUCAUACCUAAUUAAGGUGAUUCCAUGUAUAUUUCAAAGUUUUCUAUUUAUUAUUCCGUUUUCCAUUUUAUCACCGUCCAAAUGUAACUUUCAAGCAGUACUUUUUUAAUACCUACCAUACCUACACACUUAUUUAUUCCCUUUCCCCUUCUUUCUCAACCUAACAAAUAUCUUCUAUCUCUCCUUCUAUCUUUCUUUUGCUCUCUGUAAAGAAACUGACAAUAUUUUAAUGAGCUUUAAAAUUCAACCUUGCCCCACUCAUCGUACUAUUGAUUUCCCCUGUGGUGCCUCCACAGCGAGUAAAAAACGGUCGAUUUAUGUAUUUUUAUACGACUACCCAACAUGUAGCUGGUAGAAAAAUAAUUAAAUCUGUUGUCUGUGACUCGCUGUAAGGCCACUGUAGGGAAAUAUAUUUGAAAAUAUUUGAAAAUCACAAAUAUCCCUACCUUUACAGUACAUAUGUUAUAAUAGAGUUUUUGUUCAUGUUGUGUAUUGUGGAGUGUUGUCUGUUUGAGCUGGUCAUUUAUUGACAAUUUUGGAUGACUUCAUAUUGUAAUCUGAUAUUUAAGGGCUCCAAGAUUUUUUUUCUGAAUAUGUAAAUGAUUUGAAUGGAGUUUACAUACAUGUUCUCAUACCUAAUUAAGGUGAUUCCAUGUAUAUUUCAAAGUUUUCUAUUUAUUAUUCCGUUUUCCAUUUUAUCACCGUCCAAAUGUAACUUUCAAGCAGUACUUUUUUAAUACCUACCAGUGAUGAAAAAGGGGAAAAAAAUUUAAAUAUAAAUAUUCAUCUAUAUUUAUGCCUAUUCAUAUCUAUGUAUAUACAUGUAUUCAUUGAAAUGUAUCAAAACAUUCUGUCCAAAAUAUUUAUAAGAAUUGAACUUGAUUUUCUAUGCAGUUUUAUAUAUUUAUAAUAUUACAAUCAUGUGUGCCAGGCCAUGGAUCAAAUACUUCCUUCAUGUUGUAUAUAUUUUAUAUCAAAAUGUAAAUAAUGAAAUAAACGAAAUCUGUAUAAUUAUAUUGUA